UCGAGAUCCUUCCACGUUUCCUUCCCAUUCGAGUUGAUCGAAACAAGAGGCACAGUCGUUAGGCGCGGACGAGAGAGUGUCCGAGGACUCAAGAGCAAGUCCGCCCGCCAUAUCUCUAGGUACCCCGUACCCGUUUCGAUAUGUGGAUUUACGAAGUUGGGCUAUCCCAGUGGGGUUCGGGGACUCGUCAAUCACCGCUGCGGCACCUUGCUGGGUCGUCAUUCUGUUUCUAACAGCGUCUCGAGCCGCCAAGUCGUCAGCUCAUCAAUCGCCGCUGUGUUUCACCCAUGUGUCGAAUCGACCAUCGACGACGACGGUUGCUACCUCUACCCACCGCGAUGCUACCAACUACUUAACCGCGCGUCUCACUCAAAAGGGACUAAGGAAAGGAUGGUGAUGGUAGUGUCGGUAGAGGUAGCAUUGACCAUUCAGUGCGCACCUAUUUUCUAGAUUGGACAUGACCACACUUAUUAACCUCCAAUGGAGGCAUGUCACAUUCCGUUACCAUGGCAACAAAGAUAAGUACCAGGAAAGGAGGCGAACAAACAGCGGACAAUCGACACGAGCAUUUGUGAGUUGAUUGAUGUUGCUGAUUGAUAUUGAAAAUGGGAAUCCAAUUACAUGAGAAUUCAACACCUUGUCUGUUCCAGCAUGGGUCUCACUUCUAGCAUCUUGGUGUAUUGAAGCAAACCGAAGGUCUUGGAUGCUGUUGCUUCGCCCUCGGGGAAGAUGCAAGACAGCUUCAUCGUGGAGUUAAUUAACCCCGAGUUGUUUUGGGUAGGUAGCUCCAUAUUCGCUUCCAAUUCUUACAAACUCCCCGACUUCUGAUGAUCACCGAACACCUGAACCAAGACCGACUGCAGUCAGGCUGAACACAUCCCAAGCCCCAAGCCAGUUCGAUCGAACUCGGACAUGAUUCGAAGAACUUAACGUCUCCUUCAAAAUAAAAAUAAAAAGCGGGGAACGUCAUGAAGGAAGAUUGUCUGACAUUGAGAGGGAAGGUGCGGUCCCAGAAGUGCUCGAGGAAGGGGUCACGGUUGGGUGAAGAACUCUUGGAACAAGAAGACGUUCCUUCCUCGACUGAGAAGUACCCCUGGAUCUCAAGAAAUGAUCGAACUUCUGCCUAAGGUAGGUAGGUACCUCCAGGUAGUAAGUAUCAGCAAUCCGAUGACUCAGGUCAGUCUUCAGUUCCUUCUCCAUUAGGCUUCGAACCUUUACUUUCGCAAACAUCACGAGGCAAUCAAGUCGUUGUCAUCAGUCACACCUGCUCACGGGAGUCCUUCCGGCCGCUUUCAGUAGCACGAGAUCAAUCGAUGGUGGUGACAAUGACGAAAGCUCAGUUUCACCAUUCAGUUGCAUCGAUGGGACAGAUCAUGACUACCUCUACUUGUUGUACUGUACUGACAAAACUUGCGGGUGGAUGUCGGUGUCACUGAGAAGCAAUCCCGUCAUGAUCCGUCCUGUUUGAGGCAGCAGGAUGGAAUAAACAAGGCAGUCACUCAAGGGAACUUCUACAUCAAGUGAACGGCCGUACUCGCAGCGGGACCAAGGUUCUGCCUGCCUCAACAGAGUCGUUUCCUCCUUGCUGUCAUAGGAGGGUCAAGGAGACGUCUUGCUCAGAACGACGCCACGGCAACGUGACUCCUUUCCUGUGGGAGCUUGAGGGGUAACCCAUCGCUCUUUCUCCGGCUAGUUCACGUUGUGAUGCCUAUGGCAGGUCAAUCCGUGGGGGGUAACUAUGGUUGCUGGCAGUUUCUAACGUUAUAAUAACCACCCCAUCAACUCUCCUUGGAACACGGCUCGGUUCCCAACACAAUCCUGCUGCCUUUCUCCACCAACCUCCAGAUUCCCUACGUCUUGUCGCACACACUUUCAACUAUCCCUUCGAGAUACACAUCUCAUUCCCUCCAUCUUCCGAUACCCUAUCCCUCUCAGUGUACGCCCUUUCUCAGGAAGGCAUCAUCGAUCGCCAUGGGUUCUAUGUACCAAGUCCAGUCAAAGCUCCGUCAGGACCUUGGCCUCCACAAGGUUCAGGCUGUUCGCAAGCCCGGUCGUGAACUCAAUGGCACCAAGGCAUACGUCAGUGCAAUGGCCCGCUACGGUUUCAAUCCCACCGAGGAGUCCAGGUUCUUCCACUUGAAGAAAACCGAUCUCACCAAGGAGUUUCAACGCCGCGGCUACAUUCGUCACUGGGAGCAGCUGGUUAGGACACCCCAGGAACGUCCCGACGAUCCUCACACAGACAACGAGCCUGUCCCUGCCGAGGAUCAGCAGUACGACACUCAGUAUCUCUGCGAGAUUGGUAUUGGCACUCCGCAACAGAAGGUCAAGCUUGACUUUGACACAGGAUCCGCUGAUCUUUGGGUCCGUUGCACAGAUUCAUCCCUUCUCCAUCACGCCGACAAGAAGUUCGACCCGAAGAAGUCAGAUACCUUCCAGGAGAGCAAGACCGACCAGACCUGGAAGAUCCAGUACGGCGAUGGAAGCACCGCUUCGGGCACCGUCGGUACGGAUGUCAUUACUGUUGGUGGGCUUCAGAUCAAGAACCAGGCCAUCGAACUUGCCAAGAAGGUGUCCAGUGCCUUCUCCUCUGGCGAAGCUGACGGUCUUCUUGGACUUGCCUUCUCCACGAUCAACACCAUCGAGAGCGAUGGCAAACCGGAUCCACAGCCCACACCUGUCGAGAACAUGAUCAGCCAGGAGGACAUUCCCAAGGAGGCUGAGCUGUUCACAUCCGCCUUCUACAGUGCUCGUGAUGACAAGUCAGAGGAGAAAUCCUUCUACACCUUUGGCUGGGUCGAUGAAGAUCUCGUCAAAGCUUCCGGAAAAGAUAUCACAUGGACACCCAUCGACAACUCGGAGGGCUUUUGGAAGUUCCCCAGUGAGAGCGCUACAGUCGACGGCGAUAAUGUUUCUGUGAGCGGAAACACCGCAAUUGCUGAUACUGGUACCACACUGGCGCUCGUUUCAGACACGGUUUGCAAAGCGCUCUACGCAAAGAUCCCUGGCUCAAAGUACAGCUACCGAUACCAAGGUUACCUCAUCCCGAGCACAAUCACAGCUGAUCAGCUCCCUCAGCUGAGUGUCGCGGUUGGUGGAGAGCAGUUUGUGAUUCAGAAUGAGGAUCUGUUGCUGGCACCGGCUGACGAUGACCAUUGGUACGGCGGUGUGCAGUCGAGGGGUACUAUGCCUUUCGAUAUCUUGGGUGAUACAUUUCUCAAGUCCAUCUACGCUAUCUGGGACCAGGGCAACAACCGCUUUGGAGCUGUACCCAAGAUUGAGGUGAACCAGCACACAGUGUUCCCUGAUACUGAGCCUUCACCUGAAGCCAGCUCACCUGAGCCCGCAGACAAAGUUGGUGACGUCUCCCCCGUGGAGCAAGUCAAGGGAGCAGUGAAGAGUCUGAAGGUGCUGUAACUUGCGAGAGAGACUGAAAUGUUUGUGGUCUGCGCGGACGCUCGUUAGGAGGAAGAAGUCAGUUCUGUAGAUGUCUUUAUUGUAUCGCGUAUGGAAACAGUGGCUUCACAGUGAAGGAAGUGCGUUGCCUUGAGUUACCUGUAACUCUAGCGCACGCUGAAACAUCCAGUCUUGCCGUCGACAUCACUAGAUAGUUACUCGUCCAAAUCUCAACUCUCAUGCUUGAACAUGAUCAUAUCUGUGGGAGAAGGAGCAGAUAGGCCCUCGGUUCUGCUUAUGCUGCAAAAUGGUUUACACUA